AUGCCAUCACAAAAUCAAAGUGAAGGUCUUUCUGACAUUCAUUCAACAAAAAGUGGCGAUGAAAAUAUGAAGAACACUGAAGAUAAAAGAUCACAUGAAGAAUAUCUUGUGUCUGUUUUGGAUAAUCAUUUAAAAGGAUUUGAAGAUAUUUUCGAAAACAUCCAAUCACGCAUAGAUGAGCUUGUCGAAGAAUAUCCAAACAGUGAAGCUAUUCAUAACAAAGUAAACGAAUGGGUUUCAUUGAUGGAAAAAUUAAACCAUCAAGCAAAAAAGCACAAGAAAGUUAAUAUUGAUUCAAAUACGAUGGAAACACCAUCAAGAUUUCUAAAUUUGAGCCAAAAUGAAGACACUGAAAAUCAAAUCAUUUCAACUCCAUUAAUUAUAAAACGCAAUGAUGAUGAUGAUGCAAAACGCAAUGAGGAUAACACAGCUGUAGUCCAGUCCUCCAAUCCAGAAAAAAACAGUAACAAUGACCCUGCAUCUAUUCUGCAAACACACAUGGAAAAACCUUCAAUGGAACAAUCAUCAUUUAGCGAAGAAACUCCAUCAUUAAUGUUGGAGAUGAUCAAAAGGACAGAUGAAGAAGAAAAAAAAUCAAAUCAAAAGAAAAUUCAGGAUAAUGAGGUACCAUCCUUUGAUUUGAAAAUUUCUCAGUUGUCUUCAAAUGUUGAUGAAAGUGAAGUUGAAGUUGAUGCUACUCCUCACGCUGCACAAACCGAAAUUCAAGCGGAAUCUGAAAAUAGAUCAAUCGAAAAAGAUGUUCAAAUUACUGGAAUACAAACAAUGUUUGAGAAAAUUGAAGAACAGGAUAAUACUGAAAAGCAAAUCAGUGAUCUAAUUCAAAACACAUCAUUCCUCAACCCACAAGAAGAUCCGUAUAAAACACCUGCAAAAUCAGUUCAUCAAGAACAAACAACAACAGAUAUAAGCAAAACAGAAGAAAUAAUAACAAAGAUGGUACGACCUGAUCGAGAGAAAAAUAUACCAGAAGUAUUUUGUUCACCAUACUAUCUAAGACAAGUAGCAAUGAAGGAAGCAAGAACGGCACACGAAAACAACAUAUCGGGAUACGCUUUCCAUGUAGAAGGAGAAAUGAUGUAA